CCUCCAGAGUGCAAGAUAACUCAACAGGGCGGUGAAUACAUUGGAAGGAAGAACGUGAGCUAUUCAGGUUUCGCAUGCAAACCUUGGGGGGAAGAAUGGAGAACCACAAUUCUUGGAAAUGGGACGUUCUUCAUACCUGCAUUUCCGGAUUACAAAGAAACUGAGGAAACUCACAACUUCUGUCGCAACCCUGAUGGAGACGGCGCUCCUUGGUGUUCCAUUGAAAAUGAUAUGAACUUUGAAUACUGUGAUAUUCCCUUCUGCGAGAUCCAAGAAGUUCAAGUUGGACCCGAGGGGAACGUGUAUCCCGAAUGUCGACUGACGGAGAAAGGAAAGGAAUAUGUGGGUACAAAGGAUGUGACUGAGACGGGAAAACCUUGUCUCGAUUGGAGUUCUCAGCCGUAUGGCAUGCCAUGGGAUUUCUUCAAUCAGAAAAUGCAUUUUUCUGAGCACUUCUUGAAUUUGAACCCGUCAAUCCACAAGAAUUACUGCCGAAACCCUGCUCUGUACAGGGAAAAGCCAUGGUGCUUCGUCUCUGACGCAGACAUCGAGUGGGAAUACUGCGACAUUCCUUUCUGUCACAACCUUAGUGCGUCCCUCAACUCAAUCUUGCCGCCCGAAUGCAAGCUAACGGAAAUUGGCGGGGAAUAUGUCGGAAGGUGGAACACGACCAUAUCGGGAUUUCAGUGCAAACAUUGGAUGGCAAAUUUUCCAAGAAGUGGCAAUGCGAUUAGCCAAUUAUUGUCUGCAUUUCCAGAUGAAGUUGAUGGGAGCCACAACUUCUGCCGCAACCCUGAUGGCAUGGGCCAUGGGCCAUGGUGUUAUUUAAGGGAAAAGGGCAAAGGAUUUGAUUGGGAAUAUUGCGAUGUUACUUCUUGUCCUCAGACAGGAGAACGAUGCGAUAUUCGCGUCUCGGGAAAUUGCAUAAGUGGGUCUUCUUUCUUCAUUGUCUUGAAUGUCUUCGGAUUGCACACUAUCAUUUAUUCUACCUUUGUGGAACAUCAAUCUAUAAGUCCAAAGGAGUGCAAAGAUGACCGAAAAGGACUGAAUUAUGUGGGAAAGAAGAACAUUACGAAAUCAGGUUAUCGUUGCCAGCAGUGGAUGACCAGGAUACCCAAUGCUUUAAGAGAAGAUUUCUAUUGGAAAGCUAAAUCAUUCCCGGACGACUUACAUCCUUCUCACAACUUUUGUCGGAAUCCUGAUGGAUCGUGGAAAGGGCCUUGGUGCUAUAAUGGAGAUGGAACUGAUCCUGAAAGAGAUGACUGUGAUAUCGAAUAUUGUGGA